AAUGCCUGAUUGGGGCCAGUCUUUUGACUGCCAGAAGGAUAAAAAGCUCUCGCAUCCGACGUAUCAGAGGACGUGACAACCGCGCAAUGCCACUACAACAUCAUCCUGCCGAUGUCGGUGCAGAUGCUCAAUUCUUGGAUACGAACGUGCCACGUAAAGGCCUGUAUGACUAUAUAAUAGUUGGGGGAGGAACCGCAGGAUGCGUCCUUGCAAGUAGACUGACCGAGGACCCUACAAUCUCCGUAUUACUUCUUGAGCGUGGCGGCGUUCACGACACCUUCACUAUGCGGUGUCCUCUUUUGUCUGCAUCAUAUGCCCAGGGGAAACAUCCUUCUGUACGAUGGAACAGCACACCUUUGACUGCUGCCAACGGUCGUGUCCUUGAAAUUCUCACUGGCACUGUAUUAGGUGGAGCGUCAAGGUUUAAUGCGAUGCUCUACACCAGAGGUAGUCCUGCGCAGUAUGACGAAUGGAGGCGGCAGGGACGCGUUGGUUGGAGCUAUGCCGAUCUCGAACCAUACUUCAUCAAGUCCGAGAAUGCGGUCAGCACUUCAGGGUAUUAUCAUGGCAGCGAAGGACCAUGGAGCAAUCGACAUUUCGACGAGUUCCUUUUCAGUUCAUUCCCUCAUGCUGUGAAAGCUGCACAGGACCUCGGUAUAUCGUACACUGAUGAUGCCAACGCCCCAGAAGGACCUUGCGUGUCCUGCGCAAAAAUUCCCGUCACAUUGACUUCAGAUGGGAAGCGUCUGUCUACCUUCGAUGCUUUUCUUCCUCCCUCGAUCACCACGCAGAGGCAAAGGCUCACGAUUUGCACCGACACGCUUGUCACAAAGAUCGAUUUCGACGUUGGCGGCGUGCAACCGGUCGCAUCGGGAGUGUUCUUCAAACCAUACGAGUCCACUCCAAAACAGCAACCGUUCUACGCAAGGGCGAAGAAGGAGAUUAUCGUGUGUUGUGGAGCCAUCGAGACUCCCCACCUACUGCUGCUAAGUGGGAUCGGUGCAAAAGAUCAUCUAACAAAGCAUGGUAUCAAAGUCAUCAAGGAUUUGCCAGGCGUUGGCCGCAAUUUGCAAGAUCAUGUUGGCACCACGAUCACGUACAAGGUCCCCCUCUCUGAUACAUUCCACGCGCUUGAGAGCAGUUUAACGCGAGCAUUAACUGAAUUUUUGAAUUACCUGAUACGCGGUCGGGGACUAUUCACGUAUCCAACCCUGCAGGUAUCGAUAUUUGCUAAAUCGGACAAAUUGGGAGACAAUGCAAAGCCUAGCGUCGAGGAGACCAAUCGUGAAACAUUUCCCGAUAUUGAAAUCAUGCCCAUUCCCCAUGAAUGCACCUAUGUCGCAUCCCAGACGUCUCAGGGCUUCUUCUCUUUCAUUUGCGUUCCUCUGCAACCCAAAUCAUCGGGCACGGUCGAGCUUUUCUCUCAUAACCCCCGCGCAAACCCAAAAGUAGACCUCGGGUUCUUCACGCGCGAGGGAGAUAUCGAGGUUGUCAGGAAGGCAGUGCGCCUCGCAAUGGCAUUAGGAGAAAGGAUGCGUACGAACGGGUAUCAGAUGGAGAAUCAUCUGAUUCCUGCCGGCGACAGUGACGAGCAAUUGGACGUCUUCAUCCGACAGAACGUUCGCACAACAUACCACUAUGCAUCCAGUUGUCGCAUGGCUCAGGAACAUGACACAGUCCCAGGUGUUGUUGACGAUGAGCUCCGCGUGCAUGGAGUUUCUCGGCUGAGGAUCGCAGAUGCAAGCAUUUUCCCAGAUGUAGUUGCAACUCAUCUCCAGGCUCCGGUUGUGAUGGUAGCUGAAAAGUGUGCCGACAUGCUGAAGAAAACAUGGAGCGCAACCAAUUGAUGGCGCGCCUUUUGUAAACGUUAUCGAUGUGCUAGUUAUUUACAGUUCUGUGUAUGUAGUGUAUGAUGUGUAGGAUAUAAAUGUAUAAUAAAAGGUAUACACAUGCAUGCUGCUACGAUGCUAAAGCGAUAAAAUGUCGUUUGGAUUCAAGUCUGGCUUGCAGAAAAAUUCGGAAACCGCCGAUGUGUGAACGUUUGAACACUCGC